CGACAGCGAGUGACACAAAUAAACCCCUGGACCCCCUCGUUGCCCCAGCUCUAAGGGCCGCGAUGUUGUACCUAGAGGACUAUCUGGAAAUGAUUGAGCAGCUGCCCAUGGACCUGCGGGACCGCUUCACGGAGAUGCGCGAGAUGGACCUGCAGGUGCAGAAUGCAAUGGAUCAACUAGAACAAAGAGUCAGUGAAUUCUUUAUGAAUGCUAAGAAAAAUAAGCCGGAGUGGAGAGAAGAACAAAUGGCAUCCAUCAAAAAAGAUUACUAUAAAGCUUUGGAAGAUGCAGAUGAGAAGGUACAAUUGGCAAACCAGAUAUAUGACUUGGUAGAUCGACACUUGAGAAAGCUGGAUCAGGAACUGGCUAAGUUUAAAAUGGAGCUGGAAGCUGAUAAUGCUGGAAUUACUGAAAUAUUAGAGAGGCGAUCUUUGGAACUAGAUACUCCUUCACAGCCAGUGAACAAUCACCAUGCUCAUUCACAUACUCCAGUGGAAAAAAGGAAAUAUAAUCCGACUUCUCACCAUACAACGACAGAUCAUAUUCCUGAAAAGAAGUUUAAAUCUGAAGCUCUUCUAUCUACGCUUACAUCAGAUGCCUCUAAGGAAAAUACGCUAGGGUGUCGAAAUAAUAAUUCUACAACUUCUUCCAACAAUGCUUACAAUGUGAAUUCCUCCCAACCUCUGGCAUCCUAUAAUAUUGGCUCAUUAUCUUCAGGAACUGGUGCAGGGGCAAUUACCAUGGCUGCAGCUCAAGCAGUUCAAGCCACAGCUCAGAUGAAAGAGGGACGAAGAACAUCAAGUCUAAAAGCCAGUUAUGAAGCAUUUAAGAAUAAUGACUUUCAGCUGGGAAAAGAAUUUUCAAUGCCCAGAGAAACAGCUGGCUAUUCAUCAUCUUCGGCACUCAUGACUACAUUAACACAGAACGCCAGCUCGUCAGCAGCCGACUCCCGGAGCGGGAGAAAGAGCAAAAACAACAACAAGUCUUCAAGUCAGCAGUCAUCAUCUUCCUCCUCUUCCUCUUCCUUGUCGUCAUGUUCUUCUUCAUCAACCGUCGUACAAGAAAUCUCUCAGCAAACAACAGUAGUACCAGAGUCUGAUUCAAACAGUCAGGUUGAUUGGACUUACGACCCAAAUGAACCACGAUACUGCAUUUGCAAUCAGGUAUCCUAUGGCGAGAUGGUGGGAUGUGAUAACCAAGAUUGCCCAAUAGAAUGGUUCCAUUAUGGAUGUGUUGGGUUGACAGAAGCACCAAAAGGAAAAUGGUACUGUCCACAGUGCACUGCUGCAAUGAAGAGAAGAGGCAGUCGGCACAAAUAAAGGUGGCCGUCUCCUUUGAGGAAGAGAAUCUUCAACUAAACAUUUUAUAUAGGACUUUAAAAAAAGAAGAGAAGGAAAGAAGACACAAUGCAUUUCCAGGCAACCACUUCAAGGAUUUACAAAGACAAUCCUGUAAGAUCUUGAACUUGAAUUUUAUGGGUUGUAUUUUAAUAAUGUAAGUAAAUUAUUUAUGCACUCCUGGUGUGCUAUGAAUAUUAUUCCAGUUAGCCUUGGAUUAUUUCAGUGGCCAACAUAUGCAGACAUUUGUACUCCUCAACCAUUUUCUCUCAAAGUAAUGGGCAUUCUAUAAUUUAGACUUCAGAGAAUUCCAACGAUGAAGAUUUUAAGAAAAGUAUUUUAUAUUCAACAGGUACGUUCUGCUGCAUGUACUGUACUCCAGAGCUGUUAUGUCACACUGUAUAUAAAUGGUUGCAAAAAAAAAAAAAAAAAAAAAAAAAGUCAGUGCUUCUAAAAA